UAUGACAAGGAGCGCGAGAUCAAAAGAGAUUGAGCGUGAGCCAGCGAAGUCAGAUGUCUUUUGCCGAUUCGGAGGUCGUGGUCGCAUGCUUGCUUCAGCUGCUUGCAGGGUCAUGUAUGUAUAACACUGAGCCAGCAUGAGAUAACAUCAACUUUCCCGAGGCUUCGAAGGUCCGGUACGUCGUGGGACUCCGGUAAAAGUCGCUAUACACCCGAGUGCACAUCCGAAGUCUCGUGGUUUCGAAUCGACAUUGGUAAUAAUAUCGAUGAAGCAGGAGGAUGAACAGGUGAGUUAUCGGUCGGUAUCGGCCACCGGGGUCCAAAAGCCGCAGCCUCGGCAAGUUGGAGCUGUAUUCAUAUGCUUGCCCGAUCGCGUUCCCUUGGUAUCAUCUGCACUCUUCAGACAUACAAACAAUGCUCCAUUCACGACUGUCAUGACCUCUCCAGAUUUCGCUGCCGCUCAGGCGCGUGUGAUAGCACGUCGCGCAGCCGCAGCACGACCGGCACCGCCGCCGACCCCACCGUCGCUACCCUUCGCGCUGCUGAACCUCCCACCCGGCCUACGCUCAUUCGCUUCUACCACGCUUUCUACUUGGACCACGUUCAGACACAAUCCUCCCACAGCACCCACUCCGUACUUUCGUGUCGGUCAAGUCGAUGCAGAAUUGCUUGAUGAGGAGCUCUUACAACUACUUCGUAACCAAGUUGGCGAUGCGCUCAAGUAUUUUGGUGGUCACAUUGCAGAUGACUGGUCCUCUGAGAUUGGCGCAAUCCUGAGAGCUAUACUAUGGAAGCUCAGCAUCUGGGAUCGAGGCACGAGUUACGGCGCCAGUCUUCAAGGAUUAAAGUACGUCGACGCAAGAACACAACCUUCGAGCAUCCACGCAGGUUCUGGGCAAGAUCCUACAAAAUGGCAGAAAGCUGCAUAUGGACUCAUCACAGUUGGAGGCCGAUACUCGUGGCAGAAGCUGGAAGAUUGGCUCCUUGAGAGGGAAGGCGGUUACGAGGAGCCCACGCCGCUCGUCAAAAGACUCAGCAAGCUCACUGCAUGGGUCAGCUCGACACAUGAGAUGGCAGCUUUGGCCUCGUUCCUGGUCUUCUUGUUCAACGGCAAAUACAGAACACUUGCGGAUCGACUUCUUCGACUAAGGCUCGCCCCGGCUUCUUCGCGAACAAGUAGAGAGGUCAGCUUUGAGUAUCUGAACCGUCAACUGGUGUGGCAUGCCUUCACCGAGUUCCUGCUGUUCCUGCUCCCUCUUGUAGGUAUCAGCCGAUGGCGACGUCUAUUAUCAAGAGCGUGGAGAAAGGUCAAGACCAUGUUCUCUCGGACACCAGAGGAAGAAGACACUACAGCUGGAGGCGAGCUUGGGUUCUUGCCAGAGCGUACAUGCGCGAUAUGCUAUCGCGAUCAAAACGUCGUUGGUGGUGGUUCAGAAGCUGAAGUACUUGCUCAGUCGGGCAAUAUAGGCGGAGGUGUCAUUGGUAGUGCUCAAACAGACGUUACAAACCCAUACGAGGCGAUGCCUUGCGGGUGCAUAUACUGCUUUGUCUGUCUGGCUCAACGAAUUGAGGCCGAAGAAGGUGAGGGCUGGACAUGUCUGCGCUGCGGAGAAGUAGUAAAAGAGUGUAAGCCUUGGAAUGGAGAUGUCAUGGAGGACAUCGUAGAGAAAACACCGAAUACACUACCAGACAGUCGACCGAAGCCUCCGAGGAGGAAGAGUGUUGGUUUUGUUGAUGACGAGCGAGAGGAGGAAGCCACCAUCGAGGAAAUUGACCCGAUGCCGAUGGAUGAGCAUGACGAGCAGGAUCAAGUUGAAGAAGACGUGAGAACGAUUGAUUCCGUCUCAUGGGUGGACGGAGAGUCAGAGAUGGAUUUUGAGGAUGAAGCAGAUUAUGACUGAUAGACCUAGUAACAAUUAUGACCAUUUGACAAAGCAAUCUUCAAGAGUGCUCUUAACCCGUUUCCGAGCACUCCGUUGAUCUACUGUCAAGCAUUCACCAAGCCGGCCCGAAGUGACAGUUGAAAAACGUCGAUCUGAUGUAUGCAUUUACCCCACCAUAUGUACGUCACGUCCAAACGUUACGAAUAUUUUGGUCACCUUGGUUUCGCCCAUUCCCAUCGAGCUUCCACCAUUCUUACUUACAUUCAGAUCAAACCAAGAUCGACAAUCAACACCAUAUCGAUAUGGCUGACACGACAAAGAGCUCGUCCUCUGAGGGCCUGGAUAUCAAGAAGGU